AUGCUCCGGUUGGCUGUGGUGGCCUUGUUCUGUGUCACAUCAUCUUUGGGCAGGCGAGCUAUCAAUGGAACUCACUGCAUCAAAAACCAGGUGAUAACGAGAAUCACUGUCUUCGAAGACGGUACCCUCGAAGCCGAAUGUGGACCGAUUCCAUGUGGGGAAGUAGGUCGCCGAUGCAUUCAUGAUCAGACGAGUUGUCGGGCCGACACAGAUGUCUUCUCAGGAAUGCGCUGGGCGCCAAACGGGCAAAGUGUCCUGCUGAGGUGCUGCACUAUCAAAGUGCCCAAUAAGAUCUAUGUCGGUACAGACCUCGUAACAGCCGGCUCGUACUAUGAAGGUGGAGUAAUUGCUAAGAAAGAUAUGUACUAUCCAAAAGGCCGAGAGUACGAUUUCAUCGCCAACGUUCGAACAGAACAGUGA